AUGCUCUCUCUAGAAGUCAUUGCUUCUUCUUUUAUGUUGCUCAGGUACGGUUUCGUUGGUUUUGAAACAGAGGAGGCAGCGUAUGCGUCUUAUAGAGAGUAUGUGUGGUCAGUGGGAUUUGGGAUCGCAAUAAAAGCUAGUCGUCGUUCGAAAAAGAAUGGGAAGUUUAUUGAUGUGAAAAUUGCUUGUUCUAGAUUUGGAAGCAAGCAGGAGUCGAGUGUGACUGUUAAUCUGCAAUCAUGUAUAAAGACAGAUUGUAAGGCAGUAAUGCACGUUAAGAGGACAGAGGAUGAGAAUUGGGUUAUGUAUAGUUUUGUAAAGGAGCAUAACCAUGAGAUUACUGAGGAAGAUUAUGAUAAUGCUAUGGGGAGAUGA